GACAGACACAGACUCGCCACCAUUACCAUGCCCUUCACCGAGCAGACCGUGUCCACUCUUCGCGACCUCGUCGACGCCGCCUGUUCCGACUCUAAGACUGGCAUCCCUGGCGCAACGGUCGUGAUCGUCGACAAGAAUGGACAGGAACUAUUCGCGCACGCGGCCGGGAAACGUGGCGCGGACUCAGCCGAGCCCAUGACGCUAGACACGGUCUUCUGGAUCGCGUCCUGCACGAAGAUGCUUGUCGGCAUUGCAUGCAUGCAGCUCGUCGAGAAGAGUAUUCUGAAUCUAGACGAUAAGGAGCAGAUCGAGUCGUUGUGUCCGGAGCUCAGGGACCUCGGCGUGCUGAAGGAGGAUGGCACCUUGGAAGAAAAGAAGAAUCCUAUCACGCUGCGGAUGCUGCUGACCCAUACCGCGGGCUUCGGGUAUAGCUUCUUCAACGACAGACUGAGAGAGUGGUCCUACCCGGCCGGCCUGGACGAGUUCUCCGGCCGGAUCGAGGAUGUCAGGACACCGUUGCUGUUCCAGCCGGGAGAGGGAUGGGAGUAUGGGGUCGGUAUCGACUGGGCAGGUAUUGCACUGGAGCGGGCAACCGGUCUGAGUCUGAACGAGUACCUCCAGCGCCAUAUUUUCCAGCCGUUGGGAAUCAAGCACAUGUCAAUGAUCCCAACCGAGGAGAUGCGGUCAAAACUGGCGUAUAUGAACCACCGAGACCACGACGGCACUCUCCGGCCUCGAGACCACCUCCUUCGAGCACCACUUGUUGUCAACCUCGGCAACGAAGCUGAGGUGAAACGGCUCUUCAACAGCGGCGGCGCAGGGAUGUUUGCGAAGCCGCAGGAGUACUGCAGAAUUCUUUCCGUUCUUCUCAAUGGAGGAACCUACCCUAUUACAGGAACUCGCCUCCUUCUCCCCAGUACGGUUGAGACCAUGUUCAGCAAUCAGAUCCCCCAUAUGCCCAACUACAGUCGACAACCGAUCCCAGCAUCGAAGCCUGACCUGACGAACCCGAUCCCCGAACUGUAUCCUGUCCCUGGAAACCCGCCGCAGGGAUGGGGACUGACGUUUAUGCUCAGUAACGGCGGUGCGACGGGACGGUCAACUGCGACGGCACAUUGGGCUGGACUGGCGAACCUGUGGUGGUGGGCGGACCGGGAGAAAGGAGUGGCAGGAAUGGUUUGUUCACAGAUACUGCCAUUUGUGGAUCUGAAUGUGUUGCAGCUUUGGGGAGGUGUUGAGGCUGAGGUUUAUAAAGCUCUUGAUGGAACGAAUUAGCGGGUAUUCUUUCAAUGCUACCGGCAAUGAUGUUCAUUUUGUUCUAUUACAAUAUCAUACGGACUAAAUCAUCACUUUCUAAACGAAUAUCAUUCUACAAGAG